AUGACAGCAGCAAAGGCAUAUGUGACCUUAUUGGUUGGUGAAUCCUACUUACCGGGAGUAUUGCUUCUUGGUAGGAAGUUGCGAGAAUUGAAAACUGCUUAUAAAUUGGCAAUUUUAUUGAACACCGAAACAAUUUCGCAAGACUUGCAAGAUUUGAUAGCAACUGUUUACGACGAUAUAAUCGCGGUAAACACUAUCCAUUCGCCAUUGAUAAAAUUGAAAGAAGCAUUGAAUCGUCCUGAAUUGUCUAUUACUUACACCAAAUUGUUGCUUUGGAGCUUAACACAAUACGAGUCAAUUGUUUAUCUUGACGCCGAUGUUUUACCCUUACAAAACAUGGAUGAUAUUUUUGACAAGUUUGAGAUUGGUGAAGGAGAAAUUGCAGCGUCUCCAGACUCAGGAUGGCCAGAUACCUUCAACUCUGGUGUUUUCAAGUUAAAACCAAGUAAAUCUGUGUUGGAUAAGUUGAUUGAAUUUGCAGCAAAAGGCGAGUUGCUGACUUUUGAUGGUGCUGAUCAAGGCUUGUUCAAUGAGUUUUUCCCAAACUGGAUAAGGUUGCCAUAUCUCUAUAACGUUACUCCUAAUUUUCGCCACGAUUAUCAAUUUUUACCAGCAUUUAACAGGUUUUUCAAAGAUAUUAAGGCUUUACACUACAUUGGCGAUAAAAAGCCAUGGCAUUUUGACGAUUUGUUAUCAAGUGAUUUGAAUAAUUUUCAUCAGUAUUGGUGGAAUGACUUUAAUAAAUUUUUCGAUAAGAGUUUAAAACAUAAGUUAUUGAAUUUGAGAGGAGAGGCAUCUUCUCUAGAGUUCAACAAGAUUGGAAACAAAUGGAACGAGCCUGUGGCUAGUGAGGAAGAUUCAAAAUUGGCUCCUGUAACUGAUCACCCAGCUAUUUUCCCAUGGGAGCAUCGCGACAAAAGAGAAGCAACUAGAGUAUUUUACCAACAAAACUUUACUUUUACUGAACCAUCAUCCCAAUCAUCAUCUCAACCACAACCAGAAGGUAAGGAUAAGGACGACUCUUCAUUUACUGAAAAGUUAAAUCAAAAUCUGGAGAAAUUAAAGGGCACAAAGAUUUCAUCGUCAACACCCAAGAAUGCUCCAUUGCUGAAGGAAUACGGAUUCGGCCAAGAGAAUAAGAAUUUCAAUCCUGAUCAAUCGUUAGCCGAGGUGUCUAAAUUGCCAAUUAAAUUUCUUUCUAAGGAAAAGGCAAAGAGAGAAACCAAAGACUAA